AUGAAGUUCACCAACGCCCUCCUACUCGCCACCAACGCCUUCGCCGCCGCCGCCGAGCGUGGAAUACCGACGUUGAACGACGGCUUGGGAGCAAUCCAGGAGGGCGCGAAGGAGUUGGGGUUCCAGGCCAUCGACUUCAAUGCCGACCGUUUCUACGAAUACUCCGACCUGCUCCUCAAGGCUCUCACGACGGGAAGGAAAAUAGUGGAACAUCACCGACACCCGCCGGCCAACGCGUCCUUUCUCCUGCGGCUUGACCAUGUCGAGGGGGCAUUUCGAUUCCUCGGACUUCAGCUGCAGCACGAAAGGGGGGCCAUCGUCGAGGCUCGUGCCUGCCAGGACAUGCGCGGGGUGCUCGAAACGAUUUGUUCCGAAUGCACAAAACUUGGCCGCGAAAUCGUCGUCUACGUACCCGCCCCGGACCCUCGCGUGAAGGAGUCCAUGGAAGCAAACAUGUCCCGGCUCCAACAGGUCUUGGACGACAUCACGUCGGGCUUGUCGGAAGAGAAGUGCGUCGCGCCGGCGGCGGAAGCGACGGCCAAGACGGGUUCGGCAAGAGAUUACACGCACUGA